UUGCAGAGUUGAGUCCAGUAACCAGUUGGUUUUGUAGUGUUGUUCACAGUAGUGUUUGGUGGCUGUUUGGUGCGGUGUCUUUUAUUUAUUAUUUGUAUUCAUUUUAUUCCAAUUGAUUGGUGGUGUGUCGAGGACAAAUUUAUUUUUCAUGAACAUAGUAUUUAUUUGAUUUAAAAAAUGGGUUUCUUUAACUUUAGGAAAUUAAUUAAAUUUUUUACUAUGCGGUUUAUAGAAGGAAUGUUUGUAAUUGCUUUAAUAGUAAUAAUGCCUUCUCUACCACCUUAUGGAGAAUAUACAGGAUAUACUAUAACACCACCUAAACCACUUGAAGGUUCGUUAGCUGUAAACACAUUAUUAGAAAAAGCAGAAAAAUUGUUUGAAGGAAAAAUAUCAGGGCCAGAAUCAUUUACCGAUUAUAAUGGUGAAUUGUAUAUGUCAGUGGUUGGUGGACAAGUUUUAAAAUAUAAUCCACGACUAGACAAAUUAUCAUUAGUAGUUUCAUUUUCAUCGGAUAAAUGUGUAGGAUAUCACACAGAACCAGAAUGUGGACGACCAUUAGGACUUAAAUUUGACAAUAAUGGCAAUCUGUUUGUAAUAGAAACGUAUUCUGGAAUAUGGAAAGUUGAUGUCAAAACUGGUAAAAAACAAUUGUUGAUAUCUAAAAAAGAUGAAAUUGAUGGAAAACCAAUCAAUUUACCCAACGCUUUAGCCAUUGCUAAAAAUGGUGAUAUUUAUUGGACAGAUUCUUCAUCUGAAUAUGAAUUGAGAGAUAUUAUUUACAGUUUAAUUGCUGAUGGAACUGGAAGAUUAUUCCGCUAUUCAGCUGCUACGAAAAAGAAUGAAGUAUUAAUUGAUAAAAUAAAUUUUGCAAAUGGUGUUUCCCUUUCCGAAAAAGAAGAUUUUGUUAUAGUGUGUGAUUUAGUUAAAAGCCGUGUUUUACGAUACUAUCUUCAAGGACCAAAGAAAGGUACACAUGAUGUAUUUAUAGAUGGAAUUCCUGGUUUACCUGAUAAUAUUUCAUCGAAUAAACGUGGUGGAUUUUUUAUUGGUUUAGUCAUGAGCCACGAUGCGAAUCAUCCUAAUUUACUUCAAGUAUUUUCAAGAUUUUCGUUAAUUCGUAAAUUAGUUGCACGACUUAUUGGUUUAAUUGAUUUUGGAUUGAAGACAAUCAAUGAUUACUAUCCUAAUUAUUAUGCAGCAGUUGGAAUGCAUUACGUUGGAAUGCUCAGACCAAUGCCAUUAAUCACACCAAAACGAUCUACUGUCCUAGAAAUUGAUAAUGAUGGUAACAUAAUUCGAAGUUUUCAUGCAUUAAAUGGAAUAAUAUCGAAUAUUUGUGAAGGAUAUGUUUUUGAUAACCACUUAUAUUUGGGAUCACCUUAUAACGAUUAUUUAGCACGGGUAAAAUUAAGUAUUCUUGGUAUCAAUCUAAAUGAAAAACCAAUACGCGUCACACAAGAGUCAGCCACAAAACAACAACCAACAACUACACCAAAACCAACAACAACUACACCAAAACCGACAACAACUACGCCAAAACCUACAACAACAACGCCAAAACCUACAACAACCACUCCUAAACCAACAACUACCCCAAAACCAACUACUACACCAAAACCAACUACUACUCCAAAACCAACUACUACUCCAAAACCGACAACUACUCCAAAACCGACAACUACUCCAAAACCAACUACAACAUCCCCAAAACCUAAACCUACAACAGUGCCGCCCAGCCAACAAGCACCUUCGCCAUCAAAACCAGUAAAAAUAAAGAACGAGUUAUAAGAAUAAAUAACGGGAGUUAGAAUAUAUUGAAUGAUGGUGGCAGAAAAGAAGAAAUCUGGUCCAUUCUACCAUAAUAAUAACUGUGAAGUGAAUUUUCCAGGACUUCGAACAUUUAUUAGAUCUAUUUUGUUGAAAUCGCAUUUUCUUUAAAAAUAAUUAUUUAAAACAUAUUCCAUUCAAUUUUUUUUAAAUGAACGUACGUUUCUUUCGGUUUUAUAAUUGGUUGUUUAAGUUGUUCAAAUUUCAAGUUCACUUUUAAGAACUUUCUUUUGAUGUUCAAAUACGAUUCUUAGUUUUGCGUAUUAAAUCUGCCAAAUUCUUGAAUGAAAAUUAUCUUGUAACCUGUGAUAAUUUCCUAAGUACGAAAAAAAAACUUUUCAACUUUUUAAAAGA